AUGGCGCAGAGCUGUUUCUGCCUUACCCUCAUUCAGAGGAAGCAAAGGCCGCAGCUGGCUUCACCUACAGUCACCUGCUCCAGCCGUAGGAUUAAAGCAGUCUUCGGUCCAUUGGUCAAAAAUAACCUGCAUGGCUAUAAAGUGGUUGUCCCUCUGCUGGUCCAGCUGACUGGAGGGAACCAGUGGAUUAGAGUAAAUAUCAGCUGCCCUCUAAUAAAAAGAAGCAGUCAGAUGAAUCAGCCAACACCUUCCUUUGGUGAUUGCGACGCCGAUAAAAAUUCCUUGCGCAUAGAUUGUGGCCACCGAAGCAUCACCAGCAUGGCUUGUGUUAAACUGGGAUGCUGCUAUGAUGCUGAUGCUUCUGCCUGCUACUACAGGCUUAAUGCCUGCUCUCUGGAUGGACACUUUGUGUUCACAGUCAAGGCCACAGACACCGACCCACCAAUAGAUCCAAGCAGCUUGGUAAUCAAAGAUCAGCCUCACUGUUUGCCUGUAGUCUCCACUUCAGAUACUGCUUUAUUUAAGAUGGGAGUCACAGACUGUGGUGCAAAGAUAAAGAAAGUUGGAGAUCUGGUGACCUAUGAGGUUGAAGUGGUGGAGCUCAAGACAAAAAGAAAGAGACGUUCACCUUUCAGUCUUCAGGUGGAGUGUGUAUAUGAAGAAUCAGAUUUCAAGCUUGCAAAAGAGUUGAGGUCUCUGUAUGCAGUGACCAAUCCGCCUGCUGUUGUUGCAAAAGGAACAAUCAGGGCGCAGAUGAGAUUAGCAACAGAUGCAACCUUUACUGCCUUUGUUCCCGAGGACCAGCUUCCCCUAAAACUACCUCUGGGUGAAAAGGUUAAUGUGGAGAUUUCCAUCGUUCCUCCAUUCUCUGAUCCUACACUCUCGCUGCGGGUACUUGACUGCUUCGCCUACCCUGUCUCUAAGCAUUCGGUGUGGACCCUCCUCCAUGACGGAUGUCCUAACCCUCUAGACAAGAGGAGAAGCUCUGUCCCUUUGGACCAACUGCAAAACAACAAAACUCACUCCCUAGUAAGGAGGUUUGAUGUGAAGACGUUUGCCUUCUUGGAUCCUAGUACUGGCAAACGGAGUGCGGAAAAGAUGUACUUCUACUGUUGGGUGGAAAUCUGCACAGAAGACUUGGACUGUAGCCAACCUUGCUCUAUGACCUCAUCAAAUCCUGAGAGACGGAGAAGACGGACCACAUCUGCAUCCAUUCCAGGCCAGCUUGUCUCAUUGGGGCCCCUUCAAUUGGUCGAAAAUGACCCCGAACAGGAUGAUGUGCAGUUUAAAAAACUGAGCAAGGCAAUCAGAGGGAUGGUGUAUGUUCUCUGUGGGGUCGGUGCUCUCCUGCUGGUGAUUCUGCUCUUUGCUCUUCGGUCAAACAGCCAAAGAUGUAAGAGGGGGAAAAUCACAAGCUCACUUUAA